AUGGAAACCCAAUCAGACGGCGAAGCCUCCGCCAUAGCCACCAUCAGAAACAGGAGCCAACAGCUUGAAGCUCGAAUGGAGUCUCAGCGCACUACCCAGCUAGAACUCCUCUCUUAUCUCCAAACCCAAGUCGUCCCCGCCAUUGUUCCCACCAUUGAUCUCUCUCUCAAGGUCCUCUCGGCCUUCAAUGGCCGACCUUUCACUCCCACACCUUCUCUCCCGGACCCUAAACCCAACCCCAACAAACCAAUCGAACCAAUCGAACCCACUCGCCCUUUAACCCCAGAACCCCAACGCAGUCGCCUCCCUUCCCCUGAACCCAAACCCACAAACCCAAUUACCGAAAGUCCGAAGCUUUCUCCGAAUCGGGCGAAUCCGGAGCCGACCGACCAACCCGAACCCGAGAACUUCAGCCCCAUGGAUGAGAUGGGAAACCCAUUGUCUGUGGUUCGGGCUAUGGUUGCGGUUUGCUUGCUUGAAAGGGUGCCCUUUUCGCGGGUUGACUCGUCGGCGAUUUUGAGAAAACUUGAGGGCGACCAGAAUGCAACUUCGGAGGAGAAGGCGGCCCUGCGAGAGCUCGGAGGAGAGUCCGGGGCGAUAUUGGCGGUGGAGAUGGCGUUGAGGUCAAUGGCGGAAGAGAACGGUGGCGUUGAGUUGGAGGAGUUUGUGGUGAGUGGCAAGUCGAGAGUUAUGGUUUUGGGGAUUGACCGGACUCGGCUGAUGAAGGAAUUGCCUGAAAGCAAGCAGUUCCAGAGUCAAGAUUCGAAUUUGGUAGAUGGGAAUGGGAAUUUGAAUCAGAAUCAGAGUCAGCAGCAAGUGGUGACUAAUGGGGUUGAUGGUAAUGGUGGUGGAGUGUUUGGAAUGGGAGGGCCUGGUUCAAGGCCAAUGCAGGACUUGUGGAUGGGACCUAAUGAUACUCAUAUGGCUGGUUUGCCGCCUAUGUUUCCUGGGAGUGGACCGCCGGGUUCAUUGAUGGGUCCAAGGGGUGCUCCUAGUCCUAGAGUAAUGGGCAUGAUGGGAAUGCCUAGAGGGAUGAGUGGUGUUCCUCCAAUGCAUAGAGCUGUUAGUUUGGGGCCAAAUGCAACAAUGGAUAGCCCCAAUUCGAUGUCGCAUAAGCCUAGGAGUGAAGAGGAGGAAAUGAAGGAUCUUGAGGCAUUGUUGAAUAAGAAGACUUUUAAGGAGUUACAAAAAUCAAAAACUGGUGAGGAGCUUUUGGACCUGAUUCACCGGCCAACUGCUAAGGAGACUGCUGUGGCUGCCAAGUUCAAGACUAAAGGUGGUUCACAAUUGAAGGAAUACUGCACAUCCCUAACAAAAGAGGACUGCCGGCGCCAGUCUAAUUCCUUACUUGCAUGUGAGAAGGUUCAUUUUAGGCGAAUAAUUGCUCCACAUACCGAUGUCAAUUUAGGUGACUGCUCUUUUCUGGAUACUUGUCGUCACAUGAAGACAUGCAAGUAUGUACACUAUGAGCUUGAUCCAACACCAGAUGUGUCACACAUGAUGAUGGGGGCUCCAGCUCUCAAUCCCCAUAAACCAUUGAAGCCUCAGCGUGCUGAAUAUUGUUCUGAGGUUGAACUUGGUCAACCACAAUGGAUUAACUGUGAUAUCCGCAACUUUAGAAUGGACAUUCUAGGGCAAUUUGGAGUAAUAAUGGCAGAUCCACCGUGGGACAUUCAUAUGGAAUUGCCCUAUGGGACAAUGGCUGAUGAUGAAAUGCGCAAUCUUAAUGUUCCCGCAUUGCAGACAGAUGGUCUGAUUUUCCUUUGGGUCACUGGGCGUGCAAUGGAGCUUGGGCGUGAAUGUUUGGAACUUUGGGGAUACAAGCGUAUCGAGGAGCUAAUUUGGGUAAAGACUAAUCAACUUCAACGAAUAAUUAGAACAGGGCGGACUGGCCACUGGCUUAAUCAUAGUAAGGAGCAUUGCCUUGUUGGAAUAAAAGGGGAACCAUUGGUAAAUAGAAAUAUUGAUACUGAUGUCAUUGUUGCCGAGGUUAGAGAGACAAGCCGUAAGCCAGAUGAGAUGUACCCUUUGCUGGAGAGGAUAAGUCCAAGGACUAGAAAGCUGGAACUGUUUGCUCGCAUGCACAAUACUCAUGCAGGGUGGAUGUCACUCGGUAAUCAACUGAGUGGUGUAAGAUUGGUUGAUGAAGGCCUGCGAGCACGAUUUAAGGCUGCUUAUCCGGAUGUGGAGGUGCAGCCUGCUUCCCCACCCAGGCCCUCUGCUAUGGAAGUAGACUCUAAUGCUGCCCAAAUGCGAAAUCCAUUUUCAGUAACAGAACCAAAGUCUACGGCCACACAAUUUGCAGAGCCUGCAGUUCCAGAUGCACCCUUUGCUGCUUCCGAAGUGAAGCCAACACCAGUUGACAUUGACAUGGUCGGUUGA